AUGUUUAACACAAAAAAUUCGUUGCUAAGAAAGCAAACGAGAAAAUUCUCAUCCAAAAGAGGAAACAGUUUAAGAAGAACUUUAACUCCUAUCACAAAAAAUCAAUAUAAGAGGGACCUAGCUCAAACUGUGACUUUAGAAGAAGUUCACCUAAUUGUUAAAAGAUGUGCAGAUAAAAUACGUGAAAGAGGUUUACAUGUUGUGGAUAUAUUUAAGCCGAUGCGCAUUGGCGAUAACGUUGAUGAUGUCAGAAAACUUAUCAGUUGUUUAUUACGCGAAACACGUGCACAAUGUGACAAAGAACUUGAAAAGUUGGAUAUUCAUAUUAUAGUCUCUGCUAUGAAAUGGGCUUUAAGACAUUGUGUUACAACUAUUGUCCCAUAUCAAUUCUACGAAGAAUUUGUAAUAUUUGAACAAGAAUCUGAUUUUGAUCCAGAUAAAGGUUCAUUCAAACAAUUUCUAUGCUAUCUACCAAAACAAAACAGAGAUAUACUUGUUGAAUUGUUUGAUAUUUGUGCACAGGUAACUGCUGAAUCACACAUAAACAAUAUGCCAGCUGAACGCUUAGUUAAGACAUUGGCCCUUUGUAUUCUGGGUGAUAAAGAUAAACCACUUGAAGGUUUUGAAGGAGCCUAUAACGAAUGGUCAAAAUGCUCUCAAGCUUGUCUACACUUAUUCCUGGCUUAUCUUCGUGAGAAAGCUGUCUCUACUGAAUUAAACCCACGUCUCACUGUCUUGAUAGACAAUUAUGUUGAAUAUAGAAAAAAAUCUGUUACAUCCGUGCCCAGAAACAGAUCCAUAGUUACUUUUGCUGAAAAAACUACUGAAUUCAAAAC